AUGGCGGAAAAAUUAAAGGAUUAUCAAGUUAUAGACGUUUUCUGCGGUGGUACGUUCUACAAAGUGAAACACAAGGUCACAAACAACAUAUUUGCGUGGAAGGCGUACGAUUGCUCCGCGUUCAGUAACGAACAGAUACAAAACGUUGCAAAUGAAGUGAAAACAAUAAGUAAAGUGACAUCCAAGAACUUAUUGCGAUACUACGACACCAUUUUCCAUACUCCGUCAAAAACAUUGUACUUUGUCCUUGAAUACAAUUCAUGGCGAAGUGUGCAAGAAUUGAUAGAAGUCUGCAAGGCCACUGACAAGUUCAUAGCCGAGAGCUUUAUCUGGUACCUGCUGCACGAAUUGGCUCGAGUCUGCAAGGCAAUCGAGGACAUACACGUCCUUAUAGUGCAAAAAUGUAUAACGCCUGGAUCCAUCUUUGUGAACGAAAGUGGCGAGUUGCGCAUCAAUUGCUUCGAACUGACUCCGUCUACGGAGCCCUCAGAUGUAAUGCGUCAGAUCGCUGAAGUAAUUCACACGCUGUGCUACAGGCCUGGCACUAACAAGAUAAAGGAGUUUCCCUAUAGUGAUGAUCUCAGGGACAUUGUAAGCUUUCUUAUGGACGAGAGGAAUGCCAACAUGCGCCCAGAUGUUGUCCUAUACCAUCCUACUGUUCUUAUGAAUCUGGAAACAAAAGUAAAGCCUAAAUGUUUAAAUGAAAUAAUCACUCGGGUGAUCAUUCUUACACAACUUCCGAGGACACUGUUCAACAUAGUGGACAGUCCUAUUUACUGCAACAUCAGUCCGAAGAGAAAAUCAGACAUAGAAACAGCUCAAGCAAGCUCGCCAACCAGUCCCCUGUCCCCUACACUGGCUGCACUCGCUCUGGAGUUGCCUGGCUUUGUUCCUCGUAGCAGGAGACCCUUUACUGACACAUUAGACACAUUCAACUGUCCUCAGCAGGUGUCUGAAGAAACUCUCAGCCAGCAGUGGAUGUCACGUCUGAUUGCGCUUCGCCACCGCGAGGAGUCGCUCAAUAAGAGAGAAAGGGACUUGGUAGCCAAGGAAAUAGUGAAUAGUCCAUCUACUAAAAUAAUACCAUGCAGGGCCUCCAUGGACUUGGCAGGUGAGGGUGAAAGUAAUGGUAUAACCUUGCCUCUUAUGCUUACACAAGCUAAAGAUGAUAGACGAGAUUGGGUAUCGCGGCGACGGCGCCCACGGAGCACUUCAGUGCGCUCCAAGGGUCGCAGGAAGAGUUGUGGCUAUGAGGAUCUGGACAGCUCACUGUCAGCCGACGCCGGAGACGGUAGCAUCAUCGUGACCGGCGCUAAGUUCACUGCAGACAACAUGCCGCGCCGCAACAUCUUCCCCGAGGUGUCUACCAAGAAAGUGCACUUCACAUCCAACAACCCAUUUACAGAGAGUGAUGACAGUGUUACUUUAACUUUUUAUGAGUUGGACAAUGUGGAUGCAGAAGGAUAUCAAGUGCCGAGGCAGGAGGCUCUAGCUAAAGACAUCAGCAGAUUUAAAUACUUGGACUUGAAGAAAUCUACUUCUGAAAAGAGAGCUUCAAUGCAGUGGGGUCAUUCAUCUCCUUCCAAAGUAGCCAAGACAAGCAAGAAUGUGUUUGGUGACAUCACAAACAUCAAUCCUGGCAAUAUGAGGAAGACUCCUUCUAAAACGAGCCUCACUUCAAGAAGUUCCAACACAUCGAGGCAGUCCAUGUUCUCCUGCAGGAGCCAUUGGAGCAUGGAGUCCACCAGUACCAAGGUGAGUGAUGGCAGUAUAUCUGAGAGGACUCGCUCUGCCAUGCGGCAGUGUGUUCCACAGACUCCUGUGGCUCCACCUGAUGUUAAGAAAUCUAAAAGUCGCAAGUCACUGCUUAACUUUAAAACACCUUUCAAAUUCAUGACUUCCACUAAAAUUUGA